GAGCCAGCCGAGCCGCCGCCAUGGACGCCAUCAAGAAGAAGAUGCAGAUGCUCAAGCUGGACAAGGAGAACGCCUUGGACCGCGCCGAGCAAGCCGAGGCCGACAAGAAGGCCGCCGAGGACCGCAGCAAGCAGCUGGAGGACGAUAUAGCGCAGUUGGAAAAGCAACUGCGGGUGGCGGAGGACGAGCGGGACCGGGUUCUGGAAGAGCAGCACACCUCCGAGGAGAGCCUCCUCGCGGCCGAUGAGAAGGCCACCAAGCUGGAGGAUGAGCUGGUGUCUCUGCAAAAGAAGCUCAAGGGCACUGAAGAUGAGCUGGAUAAAUACUCCGAGUCCCUGAAAGAUGCUCAGGAAAAGCUGGAGCUAGCGGAGAAAAAGGCUACAGACGCGGAGAGCGAUGUGGCAUCUUUGAACAGACGCAUCCAGCUGGUAGAGGAGGAGCUCGAUCGGGCCCAGGAGCGCUUGGCAACCGCUCUGCAGAAACUGGAGGAGGCUGAGAAGGCGGCCGAUGAGAGCGAAAGAGGAAUGAAGGUCAUUGAGAGCAGAGCCCUGAAGGAUGAGGAGAAGAUGGAGAUCCAGGAGAUCCAGCUGAAAGAGGCCAAGCACAUUGCUGAGGAUGCUGACCGCAAGUAUGAAGAGGUGGCUCGUAAACUGGUGAUCAUCGAGAGCGACCUGGAGCGGGCUGAAGAGCGGGCCGAGCUCUCAGAAAGCAAAUGCGCAGAACUUGAAGAGGAGUUGAAAACUGUGACCAACAACCUGAGGUCGCUGGAGGCUCAGGCCGAGAAGUAUUCGCAAAAGGAAGACAAGUAUGAAGAGGAGAUCAAAGUCCUUACCGACAAACUGAAGGAGGCUGAGACCCGAGCUGAAUUUGCUGAGAGGUCAGUAACCAAGCUGGAAAAGAGCAUCGAUGACUUAGAAGAGAAAGUGGCACAUGCCAAAGAAGAGAACCUGAGCAUGCACCAGAUGCUGGAUCAAACUUUACUGGAGCUAAACAACAUGUGAACUUCCCCCUCUUAGCUGCAACAACCACAACAUAUUUUUUUUAACACCUGCUUUGCCAUCGCGCCCCCCCCCCCCUCUUUCAAUGUGUCUUUCGUGUUUUCCAAGUUGCCACGUUACAAAACAAUAAUUUUUAAAAAUCUGCUAAACCCCAGGCAUGGAGUUGGGGAAGCAGGAAAAUGCUGAGACAGGAAAGUUGCAUGUCGUUUCACCUAGUUUCUCUUUCUCUCUCUCUGGUUCUGAUGUGCCAUAACCCUGAGCACCCCAGUAACACAGCAGGUGAGCAGUCCUCGGUCAGGGGCAGAGAGAGAGAGACUCCCCACGGAGUUGCCAGUUAGAAAUUAAAACAAAGAUUAAUGCUUGAAACCCAAGUGAGGGAGGGGUAUUUGUGUGGGCCUUGGACUGGUAUCGGUAUCGUUCAGCGGCUUGUGCAGCUCGGCAAAUUGAUUUUCUUGGAGAGGAGACCUCCGGCUGGGAAAAUUCAGCCUCCCCGUAGCCUCUUCUGGGUUCAUGAACGAAACAGAUCUGCAAACCACGGUCUUGAUGCCAUUUAACACUUGAGCUCAAGAAACAUUAAUGGCUCACUACCAGUUUGUAAGACAGCCUUUUUUUUGUUGUUCAUUCCAUUCGUGAUGUUUUUAAGAUCUGCUACAAUGCCGGGGGCGGGGGGAAACCUAAAAUAUUUUACGUUGCUGAACUGGUUGGCAUUCUGUUUCUUGUCUCCGACAAAAAGGGAUUGGUUAAAUUUGGUGUUUGCCACGAGUUUGUUUCGCACACUUUUUUUUUGUUGUUCUGUUUGGAGCAGUUUUUAAAAGAAUCGUCUUGUAUGUAAACAUUGUAUAAUUGAUAAUGAAAUAAAACACACACUUUAGGACAUUUUCUAAAAAAA